AUGGCUGUCGCAAGGCCUCUUCGAUUACUUUUAGCGGCGGGGGUUCUCCUUGGUCUCUUCCUUAUCUUCCACCUUUCUAGAUUGCCCAAUUCUCUCAUCAAGUUUGUGGAUCCGUUUGACAAUGGGCUGAAGCAUGAUCCGCUAUCUGAUCCUACCGGGGAACCAGAUGGUCAGUUAUGGCGAGCCGAAGGCGACGCGUACGCACCCAAUAAUCCCAACUCCGCUCGGCUUAAUGCGACCCUCCUUUCGCUCGUUCGCAACGAGGAGCUUGACCAGCUGAUCAUGACUAUGAAAGAGCUGGAGAGAACGUGGAAUAGCAAAUUCAACUACCCCUGGACCUUUUUCAACGACCAGCCAUUUUCAGAUGAAUUCAAAAAGCGGACGCAGGCGGAAACAAAGGCGAAAUGCAACUACGAGCUGGUUCCAAAGGAACAUUGGGAUGUUCCCAAUUGGAUAAAUAUGGAUCUAUAUAAAGAAUCCGUGGCGCUCCUGAAAGAUAAGGGUGUGCAAUACAGUGGCAAGCUUUCGUACAACCAAAUGUGUCGGUGGAAUAGCGGCAUCUUUUACAAGCACCCGGCCCUAGCCAACAUGCAGUACUACUGGCGGGUUGAGCCUAAUGUCCACUAUUUCUGCGAUGUCGAUUAUGAUGUCUUCCGAUAUAUGCAAGAUCACAACAAGACCUACGGCUUCACAAUCAAUCUAUACGAUGCUCCAGAAAGUAUAGAAACAUUAUGGCCUGAAACGGUCAAGUUUCUAGCAGGUCAUCCUGAAUACCUGCACCCGAAUAAUGCAAUGAACUGGCUAGUGGACAACAAGCAGAGACCCCAACAUAACCAGAAGGCAAAUGGAUAUUCCACCUGCCAUUUCUGGUCUAAUUUUGAGAUCGGAGAUCUGUCCUUCUUCCGAGGCAAGGCGUAUGAGGACUUUUUCAAUCACCUUGAUCGUGCUGGUGGAUUUUUCUACGAGCGAUGGGGUGACGCACCCGUACACUCAGUCGGUUUGGGAUUGUUUGAGGAUAAGAACAAGAUCCACUGGUUCCGAGAUAUCGGCUAUAACCAUAUCCCUUAUUUUAAUUGUCCGAACUCGCCUAAGUGCAAAGGCUGUACUCCAGGUAAAUUCUACGCCGGAGAGCCAUUCUUACAGCUUGAGGACUGCCGAGCCAAUUGGUUCAAAUAUGUUGGGACCGGCUGA